UUUACCGGUGACGGAAUGUUACUCUGUCCUACCAAUAACGUCCUUACACGUCGACUCCCCGUAUCGUCUCAGAUCCGGCGAAAUCACAUUCAUGGAGGACGAAGAGGAGAUCAGAUCGCACGCUUCGCCGACGGGUUCCGAUUCUCCCGAUCCGUCUUCUUCUCCGCCGGCGGGACGUAUCACGGUUACGGUGGCUUCGACAGGUCCGCCUUCUUAUUCCCUGACACCUCCGGCAUCUUCGUCGCUGAAGGAUCCCGACGCGUUGGCUCUGGCGCUGCUUCCAAUUCAGGCCAGCGGUGGUGUCGGAGGCAGUAGCAGCAACGGUAGACCAAGCGGCGGCGGCGGGAGGGAGGAUUGCUGGAGCGAGAGGGCUACGGCUGUGCUAAUUGAUGCCUGGGGGGAGAGAUACUUGGAGCUUAGCAGAGGUAAUCUGAAACAGAAACACUGGAAAGAGGUGGCGGAGAUCGUGAGCAGCAGGGAGGAUUACGGUAAAAUUGCAAAGACCGAUAUACAGUGCAAAAACAGGAUCGAUACGGUGAAGAAGAAGUAUAAGCAAGAGAAAGUUAGAAUCGCUAAUGGCGGUGGCCGCAGCAGGUGGGUGUUCUUCGACAAACUUGACCGUUUGAUUGGAUCAACGGCGAAGAUCCCGACUGCAGCCCCUGGCACCAGCGGUGGUGGAAGUCCUGGCGGAGGAGGAGGAGGAGGAAGUGGAUUGCAUAAGAUUCCGAUGGGUAUUCCCAUGGGCAGUCGUUCGCAUUUGUACCAUCAGCAAGCAAAGGCUGCAACGCCGCCUUUCAAUAAUCUUGACCGUCUAAUCGGAGCUACGGCUAGGGUUUCAGCUGCUUCGUUUGGCGGCAGUGGCGGAGGAGGAGGAGGAGGAGGAUCCGGCAAUGUACCUAUGGGAAUCCCGGUGAGCAGCCGUUCAAGUCCGUUUGGACAGCAAGGCAGGACGCUGCAACAACAGCAGCAAGGCAGGACGCUGCAACAACAACAGCAAGGGAUGAUGGUGAAAAGGUGCAGCGAGUCGAAACGGUGGCGUUUCAAGAAGAGAAAUGCCUCUGAAUCAGACUCGGAAUCCGAAGCAGCAAUGUCUGAUGAUUCCGGUGACAGUUUACCACCUCCACCUCUGUCCAAGAGGUUGAAGACGGAGGAGAAGAAGAAGCAAGAAGUUGAUGGAGGAGGGAACAAGUGGAGGGAGCUAACUCGUGCGAUCAUGAGAUUCGGCGAAGCUUACGAGCAAACAGAGAAUGCAAAGCUGCAACAGGUGGUCGAGAUGGAGAAAGAGAGGAUGAAGUUCUUGAAGGAGCUCGAGUUGCAGAGAAUGCAGUUUUUCGUGAAGACCCAAUUGGAGAUAUCCCAGCUUAAGCAGUGUGAGAGGAGAAUCGGUAACACUAGUAAUGAUCAUCACAGCUGCAAGAACAACAACAACAUCAAUUCAAUUGUCAACAACAGCAACAACGAUGUCGGUAACUAGAGUUUAGUAAUUCAGGUCGUAAUCUACAUAUUUUUAGAUUUGAGUUUGAAAUUGUUGAAAAAGAAACUUAUCUAGGCUUCAUGAGUGUAUUAAUAUUUUUACCAAAUCUUUGUUAACUUUGGUCACAUGGAACAGAUUUAACUUCACUGGAAAGUCCUGAGAUCAUCCUGCAUAACUUUCUCCGGACUCCUCUGACAUAUUUUAAUGAGGAAUCAUCUGUAGAUAAUUUGUCUUCUGCAGGUUAUUAAACUUUGAGUUAGAAUGUGUGUUCUGUGAGAUGACACUGGUUUAGAACUUGGCCUAGACAUUCUUGAUCGUUUAU